AUGAUCAAAAUAAAAGCUUCCCAAGAAAGGAGCCCAACACCUAUUUAUGAAACUUCGACACUCGUUCCUGGCAUUACUAGAAGUACACAGCCAUUAUUUACCACCACUUGGCUGGCCUUGAGACUGGUGAAUUCAUCCAACAGAUGUGAAGGUCGUGUGGAAGUCUAUUAUAAAGGAUCCUGGGGGACAGUGUGUGAUGAUUCUUGGGAUCUCAAUGACGCAAAUGUUGUGUGCAGGCAGCUUGGAUGUGGAUAUGGUGUUGAAGCAAAGGGCAGUGCCUAUUUUGGUCAAGGCUCAGGAAAUAUUGUCCUGGAUAAUGUAAACUGCAGAGGAUGGGAAAACAGUCUGUGGGACUGCCCUCAUGCAGGAUGGCUCAAUCAUAACUGUGGUCAUUCUGAGGAUGCUGGUGUCAUCUGUUCAGAAACUCUGCAAUCCACUACAUCAUUGCCCUGGUACACAACCACUGCAGCAAGAUAUACUUGUGGUGGUGUCCUUCAAUAUUCAUCUGGGUCAUUUCAUAGCCCGUUCUAUCCUGGAAAUUAUCCAAACAAUGCAGAUUGUGUGUGGGAAAUAGAAGCAGAGAACAAUUACCGUGUAACACUUUCGUUUAGCCAGAUCUCGACAGAAGGUGGUAACUGCCAAUAUGAUUAUAUUGAGAUAUAUGAUGGACCACUCUACACUUCUCCUUUAUUGGGGAAAAUUUGUUAUGGCUCCUAUCUCACAUAUACAUCAUCCUCAAACUUGAUGACAGUUCGAUUUCACAGUGACUCGAGUGUCACAAACAGAGGGUUUCGCGCUGACUACUACAUCAUUUCAGCAAAUCAGGAUACUACUCUUCAGUGCAUGCCAGAAUACAUGCACGCAGUUGUUAACAGAGCCUAUCUUCAAUCACAAGGCUAUGCUUCAGAGAAUGUCAGCUUGAAUGAUCCUUUUUGUAAACCAAAGAUUACAACAAGCUAUAUUACAUUCAACAUACCAUACAAUGGCUGUGGCACAAGGCGAGAGGGGAACAACAAUACUAUCAUGUAUUCCAACUUGAUCAAAGCAACUUCUUCUGGUUAUAUAAUCAAAAGGCAAAAAGAUCUUCACUUGCACAUCAUCUGUAAAAUGCUCCAAAACACAUGGAAAGAAAUAAUGUAUGUUGCUAGGGAUGCUAAGGAGGUCAAUGAAACGCAGUACAGUAGAUAUGAUGUGAACAUGUCAUUUUACGAAUCAUCGUCCUUCUCACGGCCAGUGUAUGAGUCUCCGUACUACGUUGAGCUGAACCAGAAUUUAUUCCUUCAAGCUUCAAUUCACAGCUCUGACCGAAAUCUGGUGUUGUUUUUGGACACUUGUAUUGCAUCACCUGAUCCCAAUGAUUUUACAACAAUAACCUAUGAUAUCAUCAGGAGUGGGUGCAUUAGAGAUCCUACCUACAAUACAUACUAUUCACCUUACAGCUCCACCAUACGGUUCAAAUUCAAUGCCUUCAGAUUUCUUAACAAACAUUCAUCAGUUUAUCUGCAGUGUAAAAUGGUGGUGUGCCAGAUAUAUGAUUAUUCUUCCCGAUGCUACCAGGGCUGUGUACCCAGGUCCAAGAGAGAUACAAGCUCUCACCAAGAAAAGGUGGAUGUUGUUGUUGGGCCAAUUCAGCUUCAGAAAGAUGGUAUCCAGAACAGGAAUGCUGGGCUGGACAAUUCUGAACAUCAGGAACGCAUGGAUUCCCACCGUUCACUUACUGCUACUGCUGAUCAUUUCCAGACUCCAUUUAUUGUUAUGAUUGUGGUGCUUGCAGCUGCUGUUUUCACUCUUCUUGGGUUACUUCUGAACAGUAAACUCAGGAAAGAGGUUCCAUACCAGUUGAUGUCAGACAAAGAAACCAAGCAAUCUGAUCUCCGUGAUGGAUCCAGGCAGAAAAUCUGGAAAGGAAAUGUGAGUGAGAGAAACCAGCUUCAACCAGAAGUGUAUAAGGAGCUCUCACAAGAUGGGUACCAUGAUGAUCUUCACUUCGAUGUUUCUGUUAACUUCUGGAACUCUGCAGGCUACUACAGAAACCACCUCUUUCCCCCUAGCGAGCACCUCUCUAAAUGGGUUGACCUAGAGGUGUGGUUUGGCCACAUAAUCGUCACAGCAGUAAAUUGUUGUUUUUUACAUGAAUUGGAUACACCCCAGUUGCCACAGAGUUAUGAAAAGGAACAAAACCACAUCUCAUAUGCUAAUAAUAAUUGCCUUGCUUCUAAUUUAGGGCUGGCCUUGAGACUGGUGAAUUCAGCUAGCAGAUGUGAAGGUCGUGUGGAAGUCUAUUAUAAAGGAUCCUGGGGGACAGUGUGUGAUGAUUCCUGGGAUCUCAGUGACGCAAAUGUUGUGUGCGGGCAGCUUGGAUGUGGACAUGCUGUUGAAGCAAAGGGCAGUGCCUAUUUUGGUCAAGGCUCAGGAAAUAUUGUCCUGGAUGAUGUAAACUGCAGAGGAUGGGAAAACAGUCUAUGGGACUGCCUUCAUGCAGGAUGGCUCAUUCAUAACUGUGGUCAUAUUGAGGAUGCUGGUGUUAUUUGUUCAGAAGCUGCUGGAUACACAUCUCCAUCAACCAGUAACUCAUCACUAACAUGUUAUCCAUCAAGACAUAAAAUUGAAGACCAGGAUACAACUCAUUAUGGCCUUGGUACACAACUACUGGAAGACCAGGAUACAACUCAUUAUGGCCUUGGUACACAACUACUGGAAGACCAGGAUACAACUCAUUAUGGCCUUGCAAGAUACACUUGUGGUGAUGUCCUUCAGUAUUCCUCUGGGACUUUUCAUAGCCCAUUCUAUCCUGGAAAUUAUCCAAACAAUGCAGAUUGUGUGUGGGAAUUGGAAGCCGAGAGUAAUUACCGUGUAACACUUUCCUUUAUAGAUAUGUCGAUUCAAGGUGGUGGAUGCCAAUAUGAUUAUAUUGAGAUAUAUGAUGGAGCACUCUACACUUCUCCUUUAUUGGGGAAAAUUUGUUACAAUUCGAAUCUUACAUAUACAUCAUCCUCAAACUUGAUGACAGUUCGCUUCCACAGUGACUCAAGUUUCACAAACAGAGGGUUUCAUGCUGACUACUACACCAUUCCAGCAGAUCAGAAUACUACUCUUCGGUGUCUGCCAGAAUACAUGCACAUAGUUGUUAACAGAGCCUAUCUCCAGUCGCAAGGCUACGUUUCAGAUAAUGUCAGCUUGAUUGACCCUUCUUGUAAACCAAAGAUUACAACAAGCUAUAUUACAUUCAACAUACCAUACAGUGGCUGUGGCACAAGGCGAGAGGGGAACAGCAAUACUAUCAUGUAUUCCAACUUGAUCAAAGCAACCUCUUCCGGUUAUGGAAUCAAAAGGCAAAAAGAUCUUUACUUGCACAUCAACUGCAAAAUGCUCCAAAACACUUGGAAGGAAAUAAUGUAUAAUGCUGAGGAUUAUAAUGAGGUCAAUGAAACACAGUACAGCAGAUAUAAUGUGAACAUUUCAUUAUAUGAAUCGCCAUCCUUCUCACGGCCAGUGACUGACUUUCCAUACUAUGUUGACCUGAACCAGAACUUAUUCCUUCAAGCUUCAAUUAACAGUUCUGACCCAAAUCUGGUGUUGUUUUUGGACACUUGUGUUGCAUCACCUGAUCCCAAUGAUUUUACAACAGCAACUUAUGACAUUAUCAAGAGCGGGAAUCCUGACGAGAUGAGUACCACAAUGUUCUUCACUUGGCUGUGUCUGUUAAUUUCUGCAAUUCUGCAGACAACUCCAGCACAUGCAACAACAUAUGACCCACCAUGGCCCUGGUACACAACUACUGAUCCUACUACAACUACAUCAUGGCUGUCUUCAACAGCAGAGAGAUAUACUUGUGGUGGUGUCCUUCAACAUUCAUCUGGGACAUUGAGCAGCCCAUUCUAUCCUGGAAAUUAUCCAAACAAUGCAGAUUGUGUGUGGGAAAUAGAAGCCAUGAACAAUUUCUGUAUAACUCUCUUGUUUAGAGAUAUAGCGACAGAAGAUGGUAACUGCCGGUAUGAUUAUAUUGAGAUAUAUGAUGGGCCACUCAAUACAUCCCCCUUAAUAGCAAAAAUUUGUUAUGGCUCCUACCUCUCAUAUACAUCAUCCUCAAACUUGAUGACAGUUCGAUUUCACAGUGACUCGAGUGUCACAAACACAGGGUUUCAGGCUGAGUAUUACACCAUUCUAGCAGAUCAGAAUACUACUCUUCUGUGUUUGCCAGAAUACAUGCAUGCAGUUGUCAGCCGAGCCUAUCUCCGCUCACAUGGCUACAGUGCAUGGGAUGUCAGCUUGAAUGAUACUUCUUGUACACCAACAAUUACACCAAGCCAUGUUAUAUUCAACAUACCGUACAAUAGAUGUGGCACAAGCCGAGAGGGAAACAACGACACUAUCAUCUAUUCCAACUUGAUCAAAGCAAUCUCUUCUGGCUACAUAAUCAAAAGGCAAAAAGAUCUUUACUUGCACAUCACCUGCAAAAUGCUCCAGAAUAAAUGGAUAGAAAAAAUGUAUGUUGCAGAUGAUAUUACUGAAGUGAAUGAAUUGCAGUACAGCAGAUACGAUAUGAACAUUUCAUUUUACGAAUCAUCGUCUUUCUUACGACCAGUGUAUGCGUCUCCGUACUACGUUGACUUGAAUCAGAAUUUAUUCCUUCAAGCUUCAAUUCACAGUUCUGACCCAAAUCUGGUGUUGUUUUUGGACACGUGUGUUGCAUCACCUGAUCCCAAUGAUUUUACAAGAAUAACCUAUACCAUUGUCAGGAGCGGGUGUCCUAGAGAUGCUACCUACACUACAUACUAUUCACCCUCCAGCUCCAUCAUACGGUUCAAAUUCAAUGCCUUCACAUUUAUUAACCGACAUCCAUCCGUUUACCUGCAGUUUAAAAUGGUGGUAUGCAGGGUAGAUGAUGGUUAUUCUCGAUGCUACCGGGGCUGCAUACCCAGGCACAAGAGAGAUACAAGCUCUUACCAGGAAAAAGUGGAUGUUAUUGUUGGGCCCAUUCAGCUUCGGAAAGAUCGCAUGGAGAACAGGAAUGCUGAGCUGGACUAUUCCAAACAUCAGGAAGAUGUAGAUUCACGUGGUUCAGUUCCUGCUAUUGCUGGUCAUUCCUAGGCACCAUUUAUUGUUACAGCUGUGGUGCUGUCAGCUGUUCUUUUCACUGUUCUUGCAUUUCUUUUGAAAAAUAAACUAGACCCCCAAUUCUGUAUGAGAUAAUGUGAGACAAUAAAGACACCAGCAUGUGGUAAACAGUAAUAUCUCAGUUAUAAAUUAGCAUUUGCCUAAUGAUGCAGUUUCUAGCAUUUGCACUAAAUAACUUCUACACGACAAUUAAUGCUUAAAAGAGGAAGUAUGAAAACAUUACUGUAAUGAGGUUACACUCGGAGUUCUGGUAAAUUCAGGUGAGAGAUGGGCCUGCAGUUAAAAGCCCAUGUCCAAAUAACAUGGAAAGGCAGGAGCAGUUUGAAUCCAAAUUUCAACUCUCCUACCUGCUGCCAUUUCCAUUGUCUGAACCUCAGCCCUGUGUCUAGCCUACCAGCUUCCUCCCCUCAAUCUAAAACCAAACUUUUCAGAUCAGGACUAUCUCUAGUCUAGAUAGACCAAAAACUGGGUUCAAUUCCUAUGUCACCACAAAUACCUUGUGUGAUCAUGAGUGAGCCGCAGUCUGUCUGUGCUUCAGGUGUCCAUCUAUAAAAUGAAGAUAACUGCACUCCGCUACCUCACAGGGUUUGUGCAAGAAGAAAUGCAUCUAUGACUGUGAGAUGAGCAGGAAAAGGGGCCAUACAAGUACCUAAAAUAGACAGAUAUUGCUUUGUUUUGACAAUUUGAUACAUAAUAGCGAGCAAUCUGAUAUUAUUUUUUAUGUUUACCUUUUAUGCCUACGUAACAUACUUCAGUCAAUGUUAAUCAACAAACUAUUUGAAAGUUUUCUCCUUCCCUUCCUUUCAAGACCGUGUUUCUAACAUCUCAUAUUACAUUGAGGAGUCUAAUUUAAUAGAUUGUGUUAAUUUAUAGAUGGGAUGAUUUCCAGGCUAAAUGAUCCACUUAUGCAAACACAGCAAAUUAAAAGCAUAAAAGGAAAUAUUUACAUAGCAAUAUUUCUAUUAGUAUACUUGCAAAUAUAAUCUGCAUGCAUCUCCAAAUUACUGCUUUGUAAUAUGAAGA